CUUCUACGUGGCCUUCACGGACACGUCAUGCCAACAGCAGCUUGAGGCUCCUGCGCAGGCGCCUCUCGAUCUCUUUCAUUACCUGCAGUUAGAGCUGAACUGAACGAUGACGAAGAUGCUGCCGUUGUUUGUGGUCCUGGUUCUGUUCGGUCUGGGCUCAGGAGAGGAGGGAGCCCGUCUGCUGGCCUCUAAGUCCCUGCUGAACCGCUAUGCCGUGGAGGGCCGUGAUCUCACCCUGCAGUACAACAUCUACAACGUGGGCUCCAGCGCUGCCCUGGAAGUGGAGCUGUCGGAUGAUUCCUUUCCUCCUGAAGACUUUGGAAUAGUUUCAGGAAUGUUGAACGUUAAAUGGGACAGGAUCGCACCAGCCAGCAAUGUCUCCCACACGGUGGUGCUGCGCCCCCUGAAGGCCGGGUACUUCAACUUCACCUCUGCCUCCGUCAGCUACCUGGCCCAGGAGGGAGGACAAGUCGUGGUCGGCUACACCAGCGCCCCCGGCCAGGGAGGCAUCCUGGCUCAGAGGGAGUUCGACCGCCGCUUCUCCCCACAUUAUCUGGACUGGGCAGCCUUCGGUGUGAUGACUCUGCCCUCCAUCGGCAUCCCUCUGCUCCUCUGGUACUCCAGCAAAAGGAAGUACGACUCACCAAAGGCCAAGAAGAACUGAGAGGACACUGGGGUUAAGGCUUGGGCUUGGGGUGGGGGGUGGGGGGUCAGUGGGCACAGGAUCUCUGAAUAACUUAAUAACCCAUAUUGGGGGUGAAAGUUGAAAGAAAAGUACAGUGACCAAGAAACGUGCUGAGCAGCAGUGGAAGCAGCUGCUGGACUUUCCUUCAUAUGGCUUCAUGUGGCAGAACAGUUACACUGGCAGUUACUGCUCUGACAGGGUUUUGCAGUUUUGUAAUUGUGUGUGUAAUGAACUGAAUUCAGGUUUGUAGUCAGUUGUUCAACUGCAAAAUAAAUCAAUAAAAACAGGAUGGGUUUUUCUACA